GGUUGCUGCAUAUCCAGGUCCUCCGAGGAAGAGGGCGUAAUAGCCCCAUACCCAGCCGGCAGCCGCACCUCUAGGAUUUCAGGUUCUUCUCGAGCAAUCAACCGCCGUGAGUUAGAUGCUGGAGGCUCGCCAGCUCCCACAACAGCAGGGUCACAACUCCGCGGCAUAGGAGGCGGUUCGUCAGUAACCAGUGAUGAUCGACAACCCCUUACUUCUCACCCUCCUUCAGGGGCAACAUCAUUCUCUCACCAACCACGACAAGAACAACAACAACAACAACAACAACAGCAACAACCAAGAGAACAACGAGAACAACGACGACGGAGUCAUCGUCGCCGUUCUUCUCAGCACCGUGGUGACAGUGGAGAUGAUCGUGGAGAUCGAGACCGAGGCCGCCGCCGCCACUCCCGAAACCUCUCCCAUCAUAUCAACAAACCCCUAAAGCGGCACGAGUGGACAAGUGAUGGCACAGUAUGGACGCGCGCCGCUUUGGACCGCGAGCGGGUCGAGUUCUUUGAUACUAGAGUCACGGGCAGGCAGGAGGUGUGGCUGGCCAUUCACGCCGCGCUGGAGAUUUUGUGGCAUCAGGAGCAGGUGGACGCGGCUGCGGCUGCGCAGCAUGGUGAUGGGACGCUUGCGGCAGCAAGUGACUACGAAGGCGAAGAAGGCCAAGGUGAAGGACGUGGCAGCGGUGCAGAGGAGGAGGAGGAGGACGACGACAACGGCAGGGAAAUAGCCCUUGCAACCGCUCAAACCAUCCUCAACGCCGCCGAGAUCACGCUUCCCACCGGCAACUUGGCACAGGGAGGAGCGUACGAUUUACUAGGAAAUCAUUACUCGCUUCCGGAACACAUUGUUUCAGAUCCUACGAAUAUUUCGACGAGUCGACCACCUUCCUCCAUGGAAGCCGAUGAAGAUGAGGAAGGAUACGCGGAUACAGAUACCAAGGGUGCUGUGUCAGUAGCCAAUGAAGAAGUUACCGAGGGCGCCAGCCAGGAGGCUUUGGAAAAUGGUGAUGAGGUCUGUUCCUCCUCAGAGCGUCAUCACAGGGGGAAGAAAGGCAAAACGGUGGUGAAUGUUAAGGAUCUGAUCACUGUCAGGGUGAGGUUGAGUGAUGGGAGCAGGGAUGUUAUUGUGCAAGUCGACAAAGGGGAUUCGGUACGGGUUCUUGGGAGGAAGGUUGCUGAGAACGCAAAGCUCUCCUCAGACAAAAAGAUCCGCAUAGCCUACAUGGGCAAGGUCCUCAAAGAAACAUCCACCCUCCCUGACCAAGGCUGGAAACAAGGAACCAUUGUCAAUGCCCUGUCUCCUCCGCAGCAGCAGCAGCAGCAACAAGUCGCUUUUGACCGUUUUCUAUCGCUACAGCUGUGGCGAGUCAAUACGAUGCCUCAGUAA